UCCUUUGGAGGCCAAUCCCUCCCCUCUGUGCAUACUGAUGAUUUGUCAAUAUCAGUUAUCCUGACCAGGUAUAACUGAUAGUGACAUAGAAAGACAGAUAACCGCCAACAUAAGGGAGCAGAGAGGAAGGAAGGCUGCAAAGAUCCAUGAGGACCAAAUCUGAGAAAAUCAGAGAGAUGAUGCUUCCACAGCUGCUUCUGAUCACAGUCCUGGGGCUCACAUGGACAACAGUAACUGGACUGCCUUGCACUCAGAUGUUCCCCUCUCAGUCGGCCCCUUCAAAUGUUAACAGCGUUACGCCCUCAGAUGUGGCUGUGCUUUCCUCCAUUGGACUUCACAUGCACAGCACUGAGCUGUCUAUGGUGGUAUCGAGGCUCACAGAGCUGAUGACCCUGUUUAAUCCUGGACUCGUCAGUCCUCUCUCAGAUGAAACAAACUUGUAUGCCCCUCAGUUUGUUCAACACAGCAAACUGGUGGAGCAGGCAAAGGAAGUGUCCCUCUACCUCCAAAACAAUCAGGCUGUUGAUGUGGAUAGAGAUUGGAAGCUGGUACUUCUCUUUGCUGAGGUGGAUCAGCUCUGUACUUGUGAGCAGCAGCAGAUUACUGAAGUCUCAGACUGUUGUGUUUGUGUGCCGGUGCAGUCAGUUAUUAAAGCCGUGGUUGAAGAGGUGGAUGAUGCUCUGCAGCUGCUGCACUCUCAGCUGAAGAGGACCAUCGUCAGUGUUGCAUUGUGGGAUGGAGAGCGUGGCAGUUUCCACAACAAGAUGUGUCGAUGCACGGAGACAAACAACGAAGGAGAAGACAGACUUCAGAGGGCCAUGUUGAGUCAUGCACUGCAGGAGUCUUUGGAUGAGCUCAUGGUAAAGAAGCGUUGGUACCAUGACAGAGAUGACUUCACUGUCAUUGUGCAGGAUGCACCUUUCAUCACCGACCUUUCAUCUGUCUCUAGUGGGAAGCAUCUCUCCAAGUCAGCAUCACAACAAACUGAUAAACUGAUGGUGCAGAUGUGGACAAACCUGCUGCAGCCCACAAGUGGCCGACAUAACACAGAAGACAAUGGAAAGAUCAUCACAUUGCCAUGUCCAACUGAGGACCGACCCUUCUUGAGGACGGAGGGAAACUCUCCUUCAUAUCACCACAGCGAUGCCUCUCCUCUCCUCCUCCCAUUUACAGGCACAGAGAUGCCCUGUGAGGACCUCAGCCCCUCACCCUCCACACCCACCUCAGUCCAUGAACUUAGGCCUGGAGAUAUCAAAGUGGUGGCUGCUGUGGGAGACUCUCUGACAGCAGGGAACGGUAUCGCAUCCAGCCCUAACAACAUCCUGGACGUCCUGAGUCAGUACAGAGGUUUAUCCUGGAGUAUUGGUGGAGAUGAAAACCUCACAACUGUCACCACGCUGCCCAACAUCUUAAAACAUUUUAACCACAACCUGACGGGCUACUCUGUUGGAAAGGGCGAGCAGCAAACUCCUCAGGCAUUCCUUAACCAGGCUGUAGCAGGAGCUAAGAGCAAGGACAUACCAAAACAGGUGCGAGCCCUGGUGGCAAGGAUGAAGAAUGACUCUAGAAUCAAUUUUGAAUUAGAUUGGAAGGUGAUCACCCUUUUUAUUGGUGGAAAUGACAUAUGUGACCACUGCUACAACUCUCUCCUUUACUCUGAAGAGAAUUAUAUUCGUAAUGUUCGAGACAGCCUGGAUUAUCUACACAAAGAGAUGCCUCGGGCUCUAGUGAACUUAGUAGAACCUCUCCAUAUUAUCCCACUGAGAGAAAUGCACAGCGACACUUCACUGAAAUGCCCAACUUGGCUCGUAAAGAUUAUGUGUCCUUGUGUUAUUUUGCCAUUGCCCAACUCUAAAGCUCUGCAAAAGGUGGAGGACAUCAAUAGAAACUAUCAGCGUUUACUCCAUGAGCUUGUGGAGUCAGGCCGGUACGAUACUCGCUCAGAUUUCACUGUGGUUGUCCAGCCUUUUUUCAGAAGAAUCGUCGUCCCCAGACUGCCAGAUGGCCGUGCAGAUCGCUCCUUCUUCAGUGCUGACUGCUUCCAUCUCAGCCAAAAGGCCCAGACGCUGAUGGCUCGCUCCCUCUGGAACAACAUGCUGGAACCUCUGGGCAAUAAGACUACCAUACAGAAUUUUACUGUAGACCUCGACCUGAAAUGUCCAACUAAGACUUCACCAUUCAUCCGUACCUAUAACAACAGCAAUUACAUAUAUGGUGGCCCCUCUCCAACACCUGGACCUAUCACAAACUGGGGAUCUGAUUUCUCCUGUGUGGACCUUACUCCAUCUGACACUGUGCCAACUUCAGUUCACAAGCUGAGACCAGCAGACAUCAAGGUGGUGGCAGCAUUGGGAGACUCAACAACGGCAGGCACUGGUGCUAAGGCAAAGAACCUGUUUGACCUCAAUAAAGAGUAUAAAGGAGUAUCAUGGAGCAUUGGAGGGGAUCAGACUCUGGAGACGGUCACAACACUACCAAACAUCUUGAAGAAGUUCAACCCCUUCAUAAAGGGCUUCUCCAAAGGCCAAGGCUCCAGACAGAAGUUCUUCAACAUGGCUGUACCUGGAGCUAAGACCUCAGAUAUCGCAUUACAAGUCCAAGCUCUCAUCAAGGCCAUUAAAGAAAAUAAGGAGGUGGAUUUUGAAAAGGACUGGAAAAUUGUGACAAUAUUUGUUGGAGGAAAUGAUCUUUGCAAUUACUGCAUAGACCAAAAUAAUCUGUCACCCAAGAACUACAGCCACAAUCUGAUGCUCAGUUUGGACAUGUUAUACAAAGAGGUACCGAGGUUGUUGGUCAAUGUUGUGGCAAUCUUGCAGAUAGAUCCAUUGAAAUCAGUUAUGAGGAACACGCUUGGCUGUUCCCUCUUGCAGAGGACCAGCUGUCCAUGUGUUAUCAAUUCAGCUGUAAACUCCCCAGAGCUUGAAGAGAUAAAACAAAUCAAUCGCGAGUAUCAGGCUGAGAUCGAGCAUCUUAUUUCUGGAAAUCGCUAUGAGGGAAAAGAAGACUUUGCUGUUGUCCUUCAACCCUUUUUACACAAUUCCUUUAUCCCUUAUAUUGGAGAGGGUGAGGUUGACUCGAGUUUCUUCUCUGUGGACUGUUUCCAUAUCAGUGAGCGAGCUCAUGCUGAGAUGGCCAUUGCCUUGUGGAAUAACAUGUUGGAGCCCGUAGGCAGAAAGCAGAACUACAACAACUUCACAUAUGACCGCUCAAAGAUCCACUGUCCCUCUGAGGCCAAUCCCUUCAUCUUCACUAAGAUCAACAGCCUACCAAGUCCACCAGUGACCACCACCAGUCCUGCACCAACCAUCCCUGUGCCCACGUGUCCCUCCUCCAUGCCUGUGUGGGUGCCAGUGAUUGUGGGAAUUGUCAGUUUACUGGCUGGCAUUGUUUUUGCCUGGCUAAUUCUCUCCAGCUGUCAGCGUCGGAAAAACAAAGUGGAGAAAGCAGUAGAAAUGAAAGGAACUGCUUUUUAAUGCCAUUUUUGUUAUGGAGCUGUAUUUAUUGUCAAUUAUAAAGCUGCAUUAAGCAUUUUUUUUUACCUCUAGAGGGCAGCGAGUGGACUCCAGAAGAAACAUCCAGCAGAAACAGCAACAAUGAUAUGUCAUUACAGUCCUCUUUCUUGCUAUCGGUUGACCUCAAGUCCACUAUUCAGAUGCAUCGUAGCCCUGGUUUGGUCUACCAAUUCCUACUUCUUUGUUGUUUACCUGGUUGUUUGACGUUGUUCAAAAAAUGUUUACUUUAUCUCUCUGUUGUUUCACUUGAGGCAGGUAUUGAACAGACAGCUUGUCUGAAGUUGUGGAUGUGAGCUAUUACAUUACAUGUCAUUUAGCUUUUAUCCAAAGCUACUUACAAUUGCUAUAUA